AAGACUCCGACACCGAGACCCACAGCGCCGAGAACUGCGGCCACGGAGAUGAGACCGAUAGCCCAGGGCUUCAGGGGGCGAGCAGGUCUCCCUGGUGGAGCACUGCUGCUGCUACUGGGCCGGGAGACCGAAGUGAGUGUGGAGGCAGUGGGAGAGGCUGUGGAGCCUGAAGUGAGUGUGGAGGCAGUGGGAGAGGCUGUGGAGCCGGAAGUUGAGGCUAUGGAGCCUGAAGUGAGUGUGGAGGCAGUGGGAGAGGCUGUGGAGCCUGAAGUGAGUGUGGAGGCAAUGGGAGAGGCUGUGGAGCCUGAAGUGAGUGUGGAGGCAGUGGGAGAGGCUGUGGAGCCUGAAGUGAGUGUGGAGGCAAUGGGAGAGGCUGUGGAGCCUGAAGUGAGUGUGGAGGCAGUGGGAGAGGCUGUGGAGCCAGAAGUUGAGGCUAUGGAGCCUGAAGUGAGUGUGGAGGCAGUGGGAGAGGCUGUGGAGCCUGAAGUGAGUGUGGAGGCAGUGGGAGAGGCUGUGGAGCCAGAAGUUGAGGCUAUGGAGCCUGAAGUGAGUGUGGAGGCAGUGGGAGAGGCUGUGGAGCCUGAAGUGAGUGUGGAGGCAGUGGGAGAGGCUGUGGAGCCUGAUGUGAGUGUGGAGCCAGAAGUUGAGGCUGUGGAGCCUGAAGUGAGUGUGGAGGCAGUGGGAGAGGCUGUGGAGCCAGAAGUUGAGGCUGUGGAGCCUGAUGUGAGUGUGGAGGCAGUGGGAGAGGCAGUGGAGCCGGAAGUUGAGACAGUGGAGCCUGAUGUGAGUGUGGAGGCAGUGGGAGAGGCUGUGGAGACAGUGGGAGAGGCUGUGGAGCCUGAAGUGAGUGUGGAGGCAGUGGUAGAGGCUGUGGAGCCUGAUGUGAGUGUGGAGACAGUGGGAGAGGCUGUGGAGCCUGAAGUGAGUGUGGAGGCAGUGGGAGAGGCUGUGGAGUCAGAAGUUGAGGCUGUGGAGCCUGAAGUGAGUGUGGAAUCAGAAGUAGAGGCUGUGGAGCCUGAAGUGAGUGUGGAGGCAGUGGGAGAGGCUGUGGAGCCUGAAGUGAGUGUGGAGGCAAUGGGAGAGGCUGUGGAGCCUGAAGUGAGUGUGGAGGCAGUGGGAGAGGCUGUGGAGCCAGAAGUUGAGGCUAUGGAGCCUGAAGUGAGUGUGGAGGCAGUGGGAGAGGCUGUGGAGCCUGAAGUGAGUGUGGAGGCAGUGGGAGAGGCUGUGGAGCCAGAAGUUGAGGCUAUGGAGCCUGAAGUGAGUGUGGAGGCAGUGGGAGAGGCUGUGGAGCCUGAAGUGAGUGUGGAGGCAGUGGGAGAGGCUGUGGAGCCUGAUGUGAGUGUGGAGCCAGAAGUUGAGGCUGUGGAGCCUGAAGUGAGUGUGGAGGCAGUGGGAGAGGCUGUGGAGCCAGAAGUUGAGGCUGUGGAGCCUGAUGUGAGUGUGGAGGCAGUGGGAGAGGCAGUGGAGCCGGAAGUUGAGACAGUGGAGCCUGAUGUGAGUGUGGAGGCAGUGGGAGAGGCUGUGGAGACAGUGGGAGAGGCUGUGGAGCCUGAAGUGAGUGUGGAGGCAGUGGUAGAGGCUGUGGAGCCUGAAGUGAGUGUGGAGACAGUGGGAGAGGCUGUGGAGCCUGAAGUGAGUGUGGAGGCAGUGGGAGAGGCUGUGGAGCCAGAAGUUGAGGCUGUGGAGCCUGAUGUGAGUGUGGAGGCAGUGGGAGAGGCAGUGGAGCCGGAAGUUGAGACAGUGGAGCCUGAUGUGAGUGUGGAGGCAGUGGGAGAGGCUGUGGAGACAGUGGGAGAGGCUGUGGAGCCUGAAGUGAGUGUGGAAUCAGAAGUAGAGGCUGUGGAGCCUGAAGUGAGUGUGGAGGCAGUGGGAGAGGCUGUGGAGCCAGACGUAGAGGCUGUGGAGCCUGAAGUGAGUGUGAAGGCAGUGGGAGAGGCUGUGGAGCCAGAAGUUGAGGCUGUGGAGCCUGAAGUGAGUGUGGAGGCAUUGGGAGAGGCUGUGGAGUCAGAAGUUGAGGCUGUGGAGCCUGAUGUGAGUGUGGAGGCAGUGGGAGAGGAAGUGGAGCCUGAAGUGAGUGUGGAGGCAGUGGGAGAGGCUGUGGAGCCAGAAGUUGAGGCUAUGGAGCCUGAAGUGAGUGUGGAGGCAGUGGGAGAGGCUGUGGAGCCUGAAGUGAGUGUGGAGGCAGUGGGAGAGGCUGUGGAGCCUGAUGUGAGUGUGGAGCCAGAAGUUGAGGCUGUGGAGCCUGAAGUGAGUGUGGAGGCAGUGGGAGAGGCUGUGGAGCCUGAAGUGAGUGUGGAGGCAGUGGGAGAGGCUGUGGAGUCAGAAGUUGAGGCUAUGGAGCCUGAAGUGAGUGUGGAGGCAGUGGGAGAGGCUGUGGAGCCUGAUGUGAGUGUGGAGCCAGAAGUUGAGGCUGUGGAGCCUGAAGUGAGUGUGGAGGCAGUGGGAGAGGCUGUGGAGCCAGAAGUUGAGGCUGUGGAGCCUGAUGUGAGUGUGGAGGCAGUGGGAGAGGCAGUGGAGCCGGAAGUUGAGACAGUGGAGCCUGAUGUGAGUGUGGAGGCAGUGGGAGAGGCUGUGGAGACAGUGGGAGAGGCUGUGGAGCCUGAAGUGAGUGUGGAGGCAGUGGGAGAGGCUGUGGAGCCUGAAGUGAGUGUGGAGACAGUGGGAGAGGCUGUGGAGCCUGAAGUGAGUGUGGAGGCAGUGGGAGAGGCUGUGGAGCCUGAAGUGAGUGUGGAGGCAGUAGUAGAGGCUGUGGAGCCAGAAGUAUAGGCUGUGGAGCCUGAAGUGAGUGUGGAGGCAGUGGGAGAGGCUGUGGAGUCA